AUGAAGAUCGUAUACGCCGUUCUUUGUGUCGUUAUUAUGGUUUUUGCGCUUGGCGUUGAGGUAAGUUUGACUGUUUAAAUAAUGGAGCCCUAGCCCAGAGUCCUAGCCUAGACAUGGAGAACGGGCUGGGUCGACCUUGAUCCCAAUUUAAGUCAAGCCGGGCUUGAAAAUAAAGUCCUGCCCGAAAAGCCCGGCCCGUUUGCACGUAAGAAAAUUUGGGUCGGGCCUGAUCAAAAUUAUGAUCGGGCCAGACCUGAAAAAUGAGCUUGGCCCGUUCUUCAUGUCUAUCCUAGCGCCAUCUUUUAAAAAAUUUUGUUGAAGGCCCAAUCCAGUAAAGCCAGUCGUCCGCCUCACCAUCAUCGCCACCACUUUACUGGUUCUCCUCGUCCUCAUGGUCAUGGCAGCUCUCACCCCACUCGUACUCCAUUUGGAAUCAUGCAGAAGAUUAAAAACUUUUUCCACGUUUAA